AUGCGCUUGCACCCGACAUUCUAUGUCGGGCGCCUUAAGGCUUACCUGCCGGCGGAUCUCCCUUUGGUCCUUCCUCACUCGUCUGUAUCGGCUCAAAGUCCGACACCCCCAGUCGACGAUGCUGCCGACGACUGGGACCAAGUCCUUCCCGAUGGCGUGCAGACUCGUUCUGCUGAGGCCCUCCAAAAGCGGCAGUAUCGAGUUGGCGAAGACGAUCCACCAACACCUGCUGCUCCCGUCAAGUCCUCUCAGCAGCCUCCGUCGCAGCCGCCGCACGAUCUUGAGCACUCUCGGCCAUCUCAUGAGCAUCUAGCAAGCCAUUCUUCGCCUCCUCAGUCUCAGCACGAAGGAAACGAAGCUCGUCACUCGACGGCACAGGCGCCCGAUUAUGAGAAUCGGCGCCCAACCCAAGAAGCCUUCCGUCGUGAUGCUCCUCCUCCCUUGGUGGAUGCAUCAUGUGUGCAACGCUGGAUUGUGGACCGUAUCGUCGGUCAUGAAGACCCCACGUCCCUCCCGCCAUACUACGAUAAGAAGUCGGCGAAAGCGACCGACGCUGCUGACUCCUUCCACGAUCCCGCGAACCGUAACGUGCGUGAAUUGGCGAUCGACGACGAUCCCCCGAGCGACUUCGAGGUUUACAAUGGGGCUCGGGAGCACUUGGAUACCUUGACGGUCGAGAGCGACUACGAGAACGACCUCGGUGGUCGUAAGACAAACGAUCUCGACUACGUGAACGCCUCCAUUGAUCGACAGGGCGGCAUUCCCCGUGCACACACCAUGUCGUCCCAUUCCUGCCGCAUUGGUCGCGGUCUCUCCAUGUGA